AUGUCUCAAACAAUUUCCCAAGAUCCCCUGUAUCGCUCGAGAACAGAAAUUGUUUUGGAAGUAACUUUUGCCAUUCUGGUUUGCCUCGCUUCCGUACUUGGUAAUGUGUUGGUUGUUUAUGUUGUAAAUAAAUACUCCGUGAUGCAAACCAUCACCAACAUUCUCAUUCGAAAUCUCGCACUGACUGAUAUUAUCAUGGCGACCCUUAUCAUGCCGUUCUGGAUAACGAACUUGUACUCGGGAAAAUGGAAUUUGAGCCAGGAAUGGUGUGAAGUCUCUUCAUCAGCACAAUUUAUCAUGGCUUUUGCCUCCUUGUUCAUUAUGGGCUUAAUUGCCCUGAACAGAUACAUGAAAGUCGUCAAGCCAUCCUUGUAUAUCAAGUUUUUCCCCAGUAAAAGAGUUGCUUGGUUGUACUUCGGUCUCGUCUGGGCAGUUUCUGUGCUAGUCGCCACACUUCCGUUAUACGGAUGGGGAAAAAUAAACUUUGACUCACAUUUUUUACUGUGCUCAUUCAACUGGAAGGAAGGACACUUUUCUUUUGUCAUUCUGCUUGCAGGGCUUUUCGAAGUGACAAUGGUUGCAAUAUUUUAUUCCUAUUGGAAAAAUUUACCAAACGGUGAAAGAAAGCACAGGUAA